AUGGUGAAAGAGAACUUCCCUGGCUGGGUCCAGACUCCCGAGGACCACCUGGUGCACGUCAACGUCGGUGGUCUGAAGCAAAGUCUGUGUUCCAGCACACUGCGGAAGUUUCCAGACACGAGACUCGGGCGGCUGCUGGCCUGCGAGUCGGAGGAAGCCAUCUUACAGGUCUGUGAUGACUAUGACGUUCAGCAGAAGGAGUUUUACUUUGACCGUAAUCCGUGCCUCUUCCCAUAUGUGCUGCACUUUUACCAGACCGGCAAGCUGCACAUUAUGGAGGAGCUUUGUGUCUUCUCUUUCUGUCAGGAGAUUGAAUACUGGGGCAUCAACGAGUUUUUCCUGGACAGUUGCUGCAGCUACCGCUAUCACGACCGAAAGCUGGAGAGUCGACACAAGUGUUGGGAUGAGGAGAGCGACGUGAGCAGUGUGGACACGUCGGUGGACGAGAUCUCUGACCUCAACAGGGACAUCUUGCACUUCCAGGACAUGCGCUGCGGGAACCUGCGGAAAUGUUUGUGGCUGACCUUGGAGAACCCGGGUUACUCCAUCCCCAGCAAGCUCUUCAGCCUUCUGUCCAUAAGCGUUGUUAUCACCUCCAUCGCCACCAUGUGCAUCAACAGUAUCCCUGAGUACCAGCUCUAUGAUGAGAAAGGCAAACCAGUGGAGGACCCCACCAUCCAAGCCCUGGAGGUCUUUUGCAUCUGCUGGUUCACGUUUGAGGUGAUUACGCGCAUGCUGCUGGCCCCCAACCGCCGCAAGUUCUUCCUGCAUCCCCUGAAUAUGAUAGACAUGGCGUCAGUGGUGCCCAUCUACGUAACACUGUUCUUUGACCUGUUCGCCGAGAGCGAGUCAGAAUUGGGAAACCUGGGGAAACUGGUGCAAGUGUUCCGCCUCAUGCGAAUCUUCAGAGUUCUUAAGUUGGCCAGACACUCCACAGGCCUCAGGUCACUGGGAGCGACACUACGGCACAGCUACAGGGAAGUAGGCAUUCUGCUGCUCUACCUGGCAGUGGGUGUCUCUGUGUUUUCGGGUAUAGCGUACACAGCAGAGUAUGAGGAAGAUGUUGGGCUGGACACCAUCCCCGCAUGCUGGUGGUGGGGUACGGUCAGCAUGACCACGGUUGGCUACGGUGAUGUCGUGCCUGUUACCGUGGCUGGUAAGCUGGCCGCAUCAGGCUGUAUCCUGGGGGGGACCCUGGUGGUGGCCCUUCCCAUCACGAUCAUCUUCAACAAGUUCUCACACUUCUACCGUAAACAGAAGGCUCUGGAAGCUUCGGUGCGCAACAACAACAAGAAGCGCCUGAAGAUGUCCAAACAGGAGAGGCAGGGGGACACAGGCUCAGAAGGAGACAGCCAGUGCCUGGAGGAAGACGAGGACAAUGGGGAGGAAGGUGAUGAGGAAGGUGGGGUGGUGAACUACAGUUAUGUGGAUCAUCCACCUCAACCAUCUACGUUUGGGAAGAGAGCUCCACUGGCAAGCACUAAAGACUUGUACCAGCUUUGA